UUCACCAGUUGGCAACCCUCACGAGCCUAUGUGUCAGAUAUCCUUCCCAAGCACCGGUGCUGUGAGGCUUGACGCGGUAAAGUUCGCCCAGUUCAGUGAUAAAUGAACAUUACCAAACUGGUACUAAAUGAGAGUUUCGUCUGGAGCAGAAGAGAGCUGUGUUGAGGGAAGGCAUUAUAAAUUAUAAUAGCAUAGAAUACGCCUAUAUGAUAUAUACAUAUAUUUAGGGAAGUGUGAGCGGAUCGAAUUUGUUAACAUUUCUGCAAGAUUUGGCGGGCUAUUAUCGCAGCUGACCCACCAGGAUCCUCCCAUACACAACGAAGAUCUGUGAUAUCAUAGUUCCCACUUUAAGACGUCCAAAGAGAGAGAGCCACAAUGGGCAACGCUUGCUCUUCCUGCAAGGAAUCGGGAUGUUUUGCCUGGCUCAUCCCAAAGAAGCCCAACAACCUACCUUCAAAGUCUGAACCUGUAGACCGUCCCAAGCCCGUCACACCUGUCUACGGUGAGAGUGUCGAUCCAACACUGACAGACUUCCUAAUAGUGAAGAAGUUCGAUUGGAAGACGUGUGAUAAUGGCCCCCUACACCACACUGCCCAGUACGAGUUGAUGGAGCGGGAAAAGCCUCGUCUGGUCUUGCGGCGAGGCCAAGAAUUCACCAUUGUCCUCGAGACUAACCAGAAGAUGGAUGAGGAUAAGGAUAAAAUCUCCCUCGUUUUCUCUGUUGUGGAUGCAAAGAAUCCUAAUUUCGGUAACCAGACUCUUGUGGGCAUUGGUAUUGGUGUAGAACCUUGCAACGGUUGGUCGGCGAGUGUGGAGGAUAUAACAGACUGUUCCAUCACUCUCAAGGUAAAUACAUCCAGUAAAGCCAUUGUUGGUGAGUGGAAGUUGGAGGUGGAUGUUAAAUCGGGCGACAAGGUCCACAGUUUCCCCUGCAGUGACACGUUCUUCGUCCUCUUCAAUCCCUGGUGUGAAGAUGAUGCCGUGUACUUGGAGGGUGAUGCAGAGAAGAAAGAGUAUGUCCUUAAUGACUCGGGACUUAUCUGGCGAGGAACAACAAAAUGCCAUAGACCUUGUCCAUGGAACUUUGCCCAGUUUGAGGAGCAUGUCAUGGAGUGUGUGCUGUAUGUACUGACAUCGGUGUGCAAGAUGUCUCCUUCUAAUAGAAGUGACCCAGUCAAAGUCACCCGAGCUAUAUCUGCUGGGGUAAACUCCCCAGAUGAUGCAGGUGUUCUUGUGGGUAACUGGAGCACUGACUACAGUGGUGGCUGCCCUCCAACCAAGUGGAGGGGUUCUCAACUUAUUCUUCAGGAGUACUACAAGACCAAGAAGCCAGUCAAGUAUGGACAAUGUUGGGUGUUCUCUGGUGUGGUGACAACGGCCUGCAGGGCUCUGGGCAUUCCUAGUCGAUCCAUUACAAACUUCUCCUCUGCCCACGACACUCACAAUUCCCUUACCAUUGAUUACUUCUUUGACGAUGAGGGUGAAGUGAUUGAACGCCUUAACUCUGAUUCUGUUUGGAACUUCCAUGUGUGGAAUGAGGUGUGGAUGACUAGGGAGGACCUAGCACCAGAUUACAAUGGGUGGCAGGCAAUUGAUGCUACACCUCAAGAGGAGAGUGAUGGUCAGUAUCGCUGUGGACCAGCUUCCCUGGUUGCUAUCAAGAAAGGGGAGAUCCAUCGAUCAUAUGAUGUGCCAUUUGUCUUUGCCGAAGUUAAUGCUGACAAGUUGUUCUGGAAGUACCGUGGAUCUUGCCAACCCAUGAAACUCCUGGGGAAAAAGACAGACGGCAUCGGCCAGUUCCUGAGUACAAAAGCCGUGGGCAGGUACAUACGCGAUGACGUUACUCACCUCUACAAAUAUGCCGAAGAGUCGGAGGAGGAGCGUAAUGUGAUGCGUGAUGCCCUUAGGAGGUGCGAGAAUGUCUUUGCCAGGUAUUAUCUCAACGAGGAAAUAGAAGAUGUCGAGUUUGAUUUCCAAAUGAAUGAUGACAUUGUUAUUGGUCAACCCUUCACGUCCUCUGUGGUGGUUCACAACAAGAGUGGGAAAGACUUUGAUGUGGAAAUUCUACUGAGAGCAGACACAGUGAUGUAUACAGGUGCUGUCAAGGAGAUGGUCAAGAAGCACAAACAAUACAUUACAGUCAAACCAUACACAAAGGAGACAGUAACGAUGGAAGUGAGCUUCACUGAAUACUAUUGCAAGCUUGCUGAUCAGUGUGCCUUCAACCUCUCCUGCCUGGCCAAGGUCAAACAGACAGACUUUGAAUACUUUGCUCAGGAUGACUUCCGUUGUAGAAAGCCUGACAUUAAGAUCGAGCAUGAAGGGGAGAUGAUGGUAAGGAAGGAAACAAAGUGUACAGCAUCAUUCACCAAUCCCCUGCCGAUGGCUCUCACCCAAGGACGCUUCAUCAUACAGGGUGCUGGACUAACCCGGGUGCAAUUCAUCAAACUGAAGGAGAGCAUCCCUGUUGGUGGUGAGGCAAAGUGCGAGUUCAUGGUGAAGCCGAUCAUUGGGGGUGAACGCACUCUCACCGUCAUGUUUGACUCCCGCCAGCUAGAGGAUGUUGAUGGGCUCUUGACACUGGAGGUGGCAGAGGUUCCUGUACCUGCCUUGGACUCCAAUGGUUCUGAUCAACCAGCCGCAAGUGAUGCCGUCCCAAACACUACCACAGAGGAAAUCCUGGAAGAAACACUCAGUGAAGAAGCAUAAGGAUUAUAAUUAAUCUUUAAGAGAAAACAGGAUCACUGACAUUUUGGAGUUGAUUGCAUUGAAUGUCCUGAAAAUGUCUGUUUUGGAGUUAUUUCCAUUGAAUUUCUCAAAAGAUCAGUGUAUUUCGAGAUAAGAAAAGGCAGCAUUUGUGGGUAGAGAAAACUGAGGAACACGUGAUUAAGCUGAACACUGUGCUUUAUUGAUUUAGAGGAGGAUAGUUAUGUAAAAAUGCAGUUACUAGUGAUGAUUUUCGUCCAUCCACAUGGUAAUUUACUAUUUUGUACCGAGAAAAAUUAGGCUAUGUGGUAGACUGUUUUGCAUCAAUCAUUCUCCCGUCUGGUUGACUCCCUAGUUGGUUGGGUUGUACCAUAUACAAACUUGUACCACUAAAUAAUCAAGAUUUUAUGGUACUGUACUUUCAUUCAGAAAUUAUUAAAUAGUCUUCAUAUUUAAAAGAAACUUGUUCUCUGAUUUUUGUACAGGUGAACCUAAAUGGCAAGUUAGCAGAGGCUAACUAUGCAGAUAGAUUAAACUAGAUGCCAUAGAUUUUAUGAAUGUCCUCUCUCAUCCCACUAGGUCUCAUUGAUGGUGACAGUGUUCA